AGGGAGUGAGGGAGCGGUAAGAUGGCGGCGGCGGCGGUGCUGGAGUUCCAGCGAGCGCAGUCCCUGCUCUCCACCGACCGCGAGGCCUCCAUCGGCAUCCUCCACUCCAUAGUGAAACGUGAUGUCCAAGAAAAUGAUGAAGAAGCGGUGCAAGUCAAAGAGCAGAGCAUCCUGGAAUUGGGAUCACUUUUGGCCAAGACGGGGCAAGCAGAAGAACUAGGAGGACUUCUGAAGUAUGUUCGACCCUUCUUGAACUCAAUCAGCAAAGCAAAGGCAGCCCGCUUAGUCCGAUCUCUGCUUGAUUUGUUCCUUGAUAUGGAGGCAGCAACAGGACAGGAGGUUGACCUGUGUUUAGAGUGUAUUGAAUGGGCCAAAUCAGAGAAGAGGACGUUCUUACGCCAGGCUUUGGAGGCGAGGCUGGUCUCUUUGUACUUCGAUACCAAGAGGUACCAAGAAGCACUGCAGCUAGGUUCUCAGCUUCUUCGAGAAUUGAAAAAGAUGGAUGACAAAGCAUUGCUGGUGGAAGUGCAGCUGCUAGAAAGUAAGACUUACCAUGCCCUGAGCAAUCUGCCAAAAGCAAGAGCAGCUUUAACCUCUGCACGAACUACGGCCAACGCAAUCUACUGUCCGCCUAAACUGCAAGCAGCAUUGGACAUGCAGUCAGGUAUUAUCCAUGCAGCAGAAGAGAAGGACUGGAAAACAGCCUAUUCAUAUUUUUAUGAGGCGUUUGAGGGAUAUGAUUCAAUUGACAACCCAAAAGCCAUCACUGCUCUGAAAUACAUGUUGCUGUGCAAAAUCAUGCUUAACAUCCCAGAGGAUGUGCAGGCAUUAGUGAGUGGAAAGCUUGCGCUGCGGUAUGCAGGAAGACAGACAGAAGCAUUAAAAUGUGUGGCACAGGCCAGUAAGAACCGAUCACUGGCAGAUUUUGAAAAGGCUCUGACAGACUAUAAGGUGGAGCUCAGGGACGACCCCAUCAUAAACACUCACUUGGCUAAGCUCUAUGAUAACUUAUUGGAACAGAAUCUGAUCAGAGUCAUCGAACCCUUCUCCAGAGUACAGAUUGAACACAUAUCCAGCCUCAUCAAGCUCUCAAAGGCUGAUGUAGAAAGGAAACUGUCACAGAUGAUCUUGGACAAGAAAUUUCAUGGCAUCCUUGACCAAGGCGAGGGAGUCCUGAUUAUCUUCGAUGAACCCCCAGUAGACAAAACUUAUGAAGCUGCCCUUGAAACUAUUCAGAAUAUGAGUAAAGUAGUGGAUUCGCUCUACAACAAAGCCAAGAAGCUAACAUAGAGUUGAAUUUGGUAGCUGUCAUUUGGAGAGUGUGUGUGACAGGAGAGUGAAACCUUUGGGAAAAUGUUAGGAGACUUUUUUCUUUGUUCUACUUUUCGCUUGGAAAGUUUUUAAACUUCCUCAUCCGGUGCAUCUUGUAUUCCAUACGAUGCGUGUUCCAGUUUCCAUGUAAUCUUUACUGGCCGAACUUUGUAUCUGGGGGGGGAAUAUUGUUUAAACAAAGAGGGUAUUCUAAAUAAAAGGAAAAAGGCUUACACUACCUAAACAUGUGCUUUCCACUUCCUGAGGGAUGUCAGAGAGUUAAGCAGGGACGAAGUUUUGUUACCAUUAGGUGCCCAAAACAGUUUGUUUCAUCUCUCCCUCUACUCUGAAACCUGAGACUUACUGACAGUGUAUAAGCAGCCAAGUUUAUUCCAUUUGUACUGAACCAAAAAACCCUAAAUGUACAGACUGCUGGUUUAUUUUUCAAUCUCAAAUAAGGCCUCUAAUCCCCUCAAAAGCAGCUCCACAAUGAUUUUCCUGAAGGCUUUCACACCCGAGGAACCUGCUUCAGAAUUGUCAUUGUGCCGUGCUAACCUGGACUGACCCUGCGCAGCCAAAAACUUAUUAGCGACAGCUGCAGCCACUGAUUAGACCAUUAGGCCAGUUUCUAGCAAAGGGAACAGCACAGGUUUCCCCUGGAGGCCUGUAUUGCAUGCUAUUGUUUUAAAAAUAGACUAGAUUUUAAAUGUUUUAGCCCUCCCCCCACCUGCAUUGGUAGGAAGAACAGGUGAGCAGGCGUUCCCUGAUAUUCACCUCCCUGCGAGAGCCAAACCUUGUCCAGCAGGGAGGUGAGCUGCUGCCCUGGGCGCUGAUCAGACUGUCGUUAUUUACCUCUGCUGUAUAGUGUUUCUUUUAAACAUCUGAUGUGAGACAGCUUGGCCCUUCUGGAAUGACCUAGUGUAGCACUUGCUGGGGAGCUUCCUCGUUACUGUUCCAAAGUAAUAUAUGUGGGGGGUGGAGCACGGUGUAUUCCAGCAUGUUUCAUUUUAUGGUGAGAUUACUAGCUAGGUUUUAAUGCCAUUUGGGCAGUGUAAGCUUCUGCAUCUCUGUCCUGCUAAUCUUUUAUUUUUCCUUUCCCCUCUGUUUCCCUUUCUCUCUCCCUCUCCACGUUUUCUUACUAAAUUUAUAUUUUGUAAAAGGAUUCUGUUUUAUCAAGAAAUAUUUUGUCUUCACACUGAAUCUUAGACUGGCUGAUUUUUCUGCUUUCUGUUCACAUUUUAACCUUCUCCAACAUUUUUUUUUUAAAAAAAACAAAAUACUUUCCAUCUCAUCCAGUCAGUCACUGUUUGGGUUUUUGGCACCAUCAAUAUCAAAUGUACAAACGGUUCUUGCUAACCAACACCAGGUAUAUCUGAUGUUCAGAUGAGUUCCAAUAAAAUAAUUUUUUUUUCAAAA